CCGGUUAGCAUGGUUAGCCGUUUCCCAGAGAGUGUCCAGGUGUGUUGUGAGUCUGCGCAGCAACAAUGUGUUCCGUUGAGCCUCUGAGAGAGUUUAUCAGAGAGAGACUAACUGCUGCUGCUGAAGAAAUCUUCACCCAGCUGGAAAAAACCAUCGUCCAGUACGAGGAGGAGAUCGACCGGCAGCGGAGACUGCUGGACCUCAGCUGGAGACCCCGGACCGAGCCGAACCCCGCAGGCCUCCAGCAGCAUUGUCUCUGCAGUCAGAAGGACAUUUCCAUCCAGAACCAGGAGAGGAUCUCUGGACCAGAACCUCUGAAUGAGGAACCAGAACCUCUGCAGAUCAAGGAGGAGCCAGAUGAUGAGUGCAGCAGCCCGGAUGAGGUGCAGGUCGUCCUGAAGGAGGAGGCCGAUGCCAGUGAGGAACCGGACCUCAUUGAUUUGAAUCCAACCAGAGCCCAGAACCUCCCUGGAGUCAUUCUGGAGGCUGAAGAACUGGAAGGAGCCAACAGGAACAAAGAGCGGCAUCCAGGUAGGGAGGCUAGAACUCCCAAAACGAAUCAGAACCAGUACUUCUGUAAAACCUGCUCUAAAGGUUUCAGCCAGAAGCGCUAUCUGACCAAACACAUGAGGGUCCACGCCGCAGAGACGCCCCUCACCUGCCCCACCUGCAGCAAGAGCCUGAAGAACCAGCUGAGCCUGACAGUCCACCUGAGGAGCCACUCAGGUGAGAAACCGUUUCCCUGUGCUGCCUGCGGGAGGCGCUUCGCCCACCAGCUCAGCCUGAGUCUCCACCAGAGGGUCCACUCAGGUGAGAGGCCACACGGGUGCCAGGUGUGUGGAAGGAGCUUCCUGAGCAGCAGCAACCUGACGUGUCACCUGAGGACGCACACAGGGGAGAAACCCUUCCAGUGUCUCACCUGUGGGAAGUGCUUCAGCCAGAGGGACAACCUCAAGAGACAUGCGAAGAUCCACCGUGGAGAGAAGCCGUUCUGCUGUCCCACCUGUGAGAAGAGCUUCUACCAGAAAGGUCAGCUGACGGCCCACCUGAGGACUCACAGCAGCAACCGGCCGUUCCGCUGCGCCGUCUGUGAGAGGGGCUUCUGCGACAGCCACGAUCUGUCCACUCACAUGAGGACCCAUACGGGUGAGAAGCCCUUUGAAUGUCUGACCUGUGGAAAGCGAUUCAGUCAGAGAGGGAAUCUAACCAUUCACCUGAGGACACACACAGGUGAGAAGCCCUUUGAAUGUCUGACCUGUGGAAAGAGUUUCUGCCAGAGGGGCAACCUGACGGCCCACCUGAGCACCCACAGCAGCGCCAGACCCCACGCUUGUGAUGUCUGUGGCAAGGGCUUCAGCGAACACUGCGACCUGUCCACUCACAUGAGGACCCACACAGGUGAGAAACCCUUCCAGUGCCUCACCUGUGAAAAGAGCUUCAACAAUAAGUUCAACCUGAUUGCCCACAUGAGGACGCACACUGGAGAGAGACCCUUUCAGUGUGGGACCUGCGGGAAGAGCUUCUGUCAGAGAGGGAAUCUGAACGUUCACAUGAGGACACACACAGGCGAGAAGCCGUUCCUAUGUCUCUCCUGUGGAAAGCGCUUCCAGAGGAAAGGUAACUUAAUGGCUCACAUGACCACACACAGCUAGCUGAGGACUUUAGUAUCUCCUUGAACACUCUGCUCCGCCUGGAGGCGUCUUCUUCAGCAACACCUGGAGGUGAAAUGACUGACUGGACUGAUCUAUAGGUGGGUCUCCAGGACCUCAGCAUGUUCCCAUGUCUCUGUGGUUCAGAGAUGGACUAAUUGUCAGGUUCGGGGGUCUGAAAAGUUUUUUCUUGUAGCUCUAUAAUCCAUAAAUAACAAGAUAUACUGAUAUAUGAAGAAUUGAUUUCUCCUGUUUCAGCAUCUUUAGUAUAAAAAGUUUUUUUUGUAUAACUGUAUUUGGAGUCAUUUCAAGGUUGCUUUAUCCAGCUUGUUAGCUUCCCGUUAGCAUCAGCUAACUGAUAGCAUCCUGUUAGCUUCAGCUUGUUGGUUUUUUGUUAACUUAAACUAACUGUUAGCUUCCUGUCUGAAUUAAUUAAAGUAGUCUUCUUAACAGAGACAAACAGUUAUAAUAUAAACUUUUAGAGGGUUUUCUUUAGUUCAUACGUCGUUGGAAUCUGUUUCCUGCUUCCAGUCAAUUCAUCUCCUUGUCCCAAAUUUCCUGACUCGAGUCCCAAAUAACAAACUGGAAUUACUUUUGAAGCGAUGAUCAGUUCGGUAAAACUGAAAGUGUUAAACUAACUUUCCUGAAGUUCCUCUGGUAACGUCCUACUGGGUUAUAUCAUGGAGGACCAACGUGUUACGGUUGGUGUUAUCCAGCUGAGCUGAAUGAUUCUUCGGGAUAAGCAAAAUAUUCUUAGCUGAACUUAUGAUAACCAGUCAGCUGUGUGUGUGUGUGUGUUGAUCAUUUGCAUCUGAUGAUUAAAGUUAGAAUUCAAAAUCAAUAAAUCAUCAGGUCUAACCACAUUAGGUCUCAUCAUUCUUAUGAACAUGGAUGUGAAUUGUUCACCUGCUUCUUUAUCCAUGUCUUCAUUAGUUCUGCAGUGUCAGCAGCAGCAGCAGCCUGGAGCCUCUUUCACUUGGAUGUUUGACAAAGUUGAACAUCCUCUGGUAAAAUGCUUCAGACGGCCUGUGGAGGGCGCUACAAGGCUGCUGCAUCGCUGACUGUUCCCGACCGUCUUUAGUGACGAAGGGAUGAUAUCCAGAGUUCAACCCUGACUGGAUAUUUCUCUCUCCUCUCACAAUAAAACUUAAUCUUAGUAUCGACAUAUUGAUUCAUUGAUUGAUUGGUUUCAACUUCUGUUGACGUAAGCUGAUUAGUUUUCCUCCCAUGCACUAACAACACAUCAGGAACGGAUGUAUAGAAGACCUGAAACUGACACCAAUAUUUAAUUUGAGGGAUUUUAUCAUCAAUCCCACCAAAAUUUCUGCAGCAGUCUAAUGGUGACCUCUGACCUGUCUCCACCUGGAUCUUCUGGGGUCAUUUUCCAGAUGUUUCCACCUGGUUCUACAGAGAACUAGUGCUAAAUGUCCCAGAGGAGGCCCAUCUGUCUGGUUUCCACUGGUCUAACUGGACCCUUGGUACCGCUCGAGGCCGGCCCGACCCGCCUCUCAACCACAGAGGUUCAAGGUCAUCUGACAACUUCUGUAACUGGAAUAUAGACUUCCUGCUGAGUGUUUGACACUCCAGUCCAGUAGGUGGUGGUAAAAACAACCAGAGGAAGGUUUUCCAAGUUGCAGCAACCUCAUGUCAGAUUCUGCCCCGUGUCGGGAGCGCGGACUGCAACCAGAUCCAAUUAUUUUCACAAAGCUUGUGAUUGAUUCUUCGGUACAACGACUCAGAUAGUCCUGUCAAGGUUGCAAGUUUCAUUUCCACCAACAGCUGCUGUUAAAAACAACAAUAAAACUGUAAAGUAGAUAAAUAAAUAAAACUGGUCUUGUGUUGGGCUCUUCUUACAGUUUUGAUUUGUUGCAGUUUUUUAUUGCCAAGAGAAUCCGUCUUUUUC